CGCGCGCCGGUCAGAGAGCAGAGUAGAGAGACAGCAAACAGGGAGGAGCGCUUUGAGGACGACAACUGAAAUUUAUCGACGAUUCUUACAGUUUUUGGAUGUGUCAGGAUGUGAAGCUCAAACUGUUUGUUUUUAAAUGCUGGAUUUGAGCCGCCGGCGGGGCGCCAUGGACGGGAUAAACCGGUGACGGUACCGUUACUACUUUGACAUUCCUCACCGGGAGCCUCGGUGCCUUAGCUUCACUGUGAGUUUAUCUAUGGCGUCUGUUUCAGCCCUUUGAAUUAGCGCUGUAGUUAUCACGGUUCUGGCUAACGGUGACGGCCCGGGAUGUUGCACAUUAGUCGGUGAGAACAGGUGUUGGUGAUCCGUGGUUUCUGGACCAGUUUGAUGGAUUUCCUCCAGCUUCACUGUGAAUAAAUCAGCGAGAUGUAUGCCGGGCGGAAAAGAAGAAAACCGGCCCAGAAAGGAGUCAAACCGCCCCCCAUCGAAGGCGCCAAAUCCAACCCAUCCAAACGCCACCGUGACCGCCUGAACUCGGAGUUGGACCAGCUCGCCAGCCUCUUGCCCUUUCCCGAAGAUGUCAUAUCGAGCCUGGACAAGCUGUCCAUCCUGAGGCUCAGCGUCAGCUACCUGCGCACCAAGAGCUUCUUCUCAGUGGCAUUGAAGAACCGACUAUCCAGUGGCACGAACAAGAGCAGCGAUCACAACAAUGCCAGCAAGACGACGGGAGCUGCAGAGAUCCAGAUACCCGAGGGGGAGCUGCUUCUUCAGGCCCUUAACGGCUUCGUUCUGGUGGUCACGGCUGAGGGGAUCAUCUUCUUCUGCUCUCACACCAUCCAGGAUUACCUCGGCUUCCAUCAGACUGAUGUGAUGCACCAGAGUGUGUUUGAGCUGAUCCACACUGAUGACCAGCAGGAAUUCAAGAGGAACCUGCACUGGGCCCUCAACCCCCCUGUGAGCCUCGAACCCCCAACAGAUCCUCCAGAUGGGAAAUCGUUGUCGACCUCUUCCUGCCUGGUGAGCUACAAUCCCGAACAGCUUCCCCCUGAAAACUCGUCCUUCCUGGAGCGAAGUUUCGUCUGCCGCUUCCGCUGUUUGUUGGACAAUUCCUUCGGCUUCCUGGCACUGAACAUCCAGGGUCGGCUGAAGUUCCUUCACGGCCAGAGCCAGCAGCAGUGCGAUAGCGACCGAACCACGCCGCCCCAGCUGGCACUCUUUGCCAUCGCCACGCCCCUCCAGCCUCCAGCCAUCCUGGAAAUCAGGACGCGGAACAUGAUCUUCAGGACCAAACACAAGCUGGACUUCACGCCCAUGGCGUGCGAUGCAAAGGGUAAGAUAGUUCUGGGAUACACCGAGGCAGAGCUGAGAGUGCGAGGUUCAGGAUACCAGUUCAUCCACGCUGCUGAUAUGCUGUACUGCGCCGAAAAUCACGUCCGUAUGAUAAAGACAGGUGAGAGCGGCCUCACCGUCUUUAGGCUGCUCACCAAGGACAACAGGUGGAAGUGGGUCCAGGCCAACGCCCGGCUCAUUUACAAGAACGGCAAGCCGGACUACAUCAUCGCCACUCAGAGGCCUUUGGCGGACGAAGAAGGAGGGGAACACCUGAGGAAGAGAUCUAUGCAUCUCCCCUUCACCUUUGCCACCGGUGAGGCUUUGCUCUACCAAACUGGAUAUCCGCUGCACGGCUUCUCCGACCCGCUCCAGGGCAAAGCCAGAGGCAGCAAGUCCAAGAAAAGCAAAGGAGAGGAGGCUUCUUCAGAUGAGCUGGACCCAAAGUCCCUACUGGGGGCGCUGAUGAGUCAGGAUGAGUCCAUAUACGUAUGCCAGCCAGAUACGGAGCCUAAAGUGUCCUACCACAGCACCCUUUUCAGUGAGCAGCAGAGCAGGGCUGAUGGUCUGGGUGCUUUGUUCAGUGGUGACAGCUGGUAUGUCGUCUCUAGCGAGGAGUCGCCAGGGGAUCGCAACGGCAAAACCUCCAGUUUUGACCCCCUUCUGACCACAUUGGACUCUCUGUCUCUCGACGGAGAGGAAACGUGCUCCAACAGCGAACUGUUCAGCGCCCUGGAGAAUCUGGGCCUAAAUGCCGAGGACCUGGAGCGGCUGCUGCUGGACGAGAGGAUGAUGCAUGUGGAACUGGACCCAGAUCACAUCCCAACUCUCAGUGACCUUCUCACCAACAACGAAAUCCUCUCCUACAUUCACGACUCUCUGGAGGGUGCGAGCGAGAGGCAGGAACAGGUGAACACAGGCAGAUUUGGGUCCUCAAACCACCAGUCAAACUCAGAUUCUGCCCAAAGUGUCUCCCAGCAGGCGUGCUUGACUGCUGGACCAGUGACGGGGGGACCUGACAGUCACUGGGUGGUACGGACGGGGAAUCACCACAACCGUCAUCACACCAACCAUAACAAAGCCACGGAGCUGGACAGCAAACAUGCGAACGCUCCACAGUGGCAGCUGCAACAGGAACAGCUCUCUGCCCCCCUCCAGUACCUGCAGGUAAGCAGUGAGAGCACUCUGUUGUCUGGCUUCCAGAAUAAUCCGCUUGGACCGACUUUAAACGGGUCUUGCAUCCCAAAUGGACUCUCAGCUUUUCCCCCAAGCGUGGCUGCUGGACACCAACAUUACAGCGUCAGUGGCACAGACAGCGCAGUGUUAAAUGACUCUACGUUACAGGAGGUCUGUCAAAGUUUGGUGAGCACUGUGCAGCCCUACCAGCUGCUGGGACACCAUAAGCAGGAACAGACUGAGGAGCUGGAGCAGUUACUGGUCCUGACACAGCCACCGCACAGUGUACCAUCCUUAGAGACCUACGGUGUGUUUUCUGCCACCCAAGACUCAACUCACAGCAAGCUGGAGAAUGGCUGCCUCCUUGGAGCCGCAAGCACGGCGUACGUCAGAACGUGUCUGAUGUCCAAGGGGAACGCAGUGGCCACAGGUGACAUCCCAGUCCCAUGCCCAGAUGUACUUCCUGCCCUCCAAGACUCCCAGAAAUCUGGAUUUUUCCUCUGAGAAGGUAGAACAGAAAAGAGAAGAGGAAAAACAGACUGUGUCUGUAUGUGACAAUCAUGAUUUUAUAUGGAUGCAAACAAAAAUGACUUAAGAUCAGGUUCUCUUUAAUAGCAUUUGUUUCAUCUCACCUGUGCUGCUCAGAAAACCUCAGAUCUCCUCUGGUAGAGGAAGAGGACGAGCUCUCUCUGAAAGUGUCCACAUCUGGUUCAAACAUGUGGUCCUGACAAUCUGACCACAACUGGGUUUUUGCUGUCAAGCCAAAACUCAUCACUUUGUGACCGGUGUAUAAACAGUUAAUCGAACAGAAAAUAAGUGGAAGACGCAAUUACACUCAAUUACUGCA